GUUUCAUAAGCGCCUGGGAAGCCUAUAUUGGAGCUGUUAGGAGACAAAAACCGCCUUUCUGGAAGAUAUACAAGUGCAAUGACUGCCGACGAACCCACGGUGGUUACCCAGAGACACACCAAGGCCAGAGCCAAUGGAGAGGGGCCUAGUGACGAUGAGAUGCGGGGCCAAUGGGGAAGGGCUUGGGAAGUGGACUGGUUUUCCCUGAGCGGCGUGCUCCUGCUCCUGUGCUUCGCCCCCUUCAUUGUUUUCUCCUUCAUCAUGGCCUGCGACCAGUACCAGUGCUCCCUCACCGAGCCCCUCCUGGACCUGUAUGCCGGCAGGGCCACCCUCCUGUCCAUCUGGAGCCGCGCCCCGUCCUUCACCUGGGCCGCUGCCAAGAUCUACGCCAUCUGGGUGUCCUUCCAGGUGGUGCUUUACAUGUGCAUUCCCGAUGUCACUCACAAGUUCCUGCCUGGCUACGUGGGAGGUGUUCAGGAUGGAGCUCGUACUCCUGCCGGGCUUAUUAACAAGUACCAGAUCAACGGCCUGCAGUCAUGGCUCAUCACUCACGCCCUGUGGUUUGCCAACGCCCAUCACUUCCACUGGUUCUCCCCCACCAUCAUCUUCGACAACUGGAUCCCCUUGCUUUGGUGCACCAACAUCCUGGGCUACGCCGUGUCCACGUUUGCAUUCAUCAAGGCCUACGUCUUCCCCACGAAUGCAGAAGACUGCAAAUUCACUGGGAAUUUCUUCUACAACUACAUGAUGGGAAUCGAGUUCAACCCCCGCAUCGGCAAGUGGUUCGACUUCAAGCUCUUCUUCAACGGGAGACCGGGCAUAGUGGCCUGGACGCUCAUUAAUCUAUCGUAUGCUGCCAAACAGCAGGAGCUCUACGGCGAAGUGACAAACUCCAUGGUUCUGGUCAAUGUGCUUCAGGGGAUCUACGUGCUGGAUUUCUUCUGGAAUGAGGCGUGGUAUCUGAAGACCAUAGAUAUCUGCCACGACCACUUUGGCUGGUAUCUGGGCUGGGGGGACUGUGUUUGGCUGCCCUUCCUCUAUACCCUGCAGGGCCUGUACCUGGUCUACCACCCGGUCCAGCUGUCCACCAUCAACGCUCUGGGGGUCCUCCUCCUGGGCCUGGUGGGAUACUACGUGUUCCGCAUGACCAACCACCAGAAGGACCUCUUCCGCCGGACCAACGGGGAGUGCGCCAUCUGGGGCCGCAAGCCGGCCUACAUCGAGUGCACCUACAGCUCGGCGGACGGCCAGACGCACCGCAGCAAGCUGAUGAUCUCGGGCUUCUGGGGCGUGUCGCGCCACCUCAACUACACGGGCGACCUGAUGGGCUCGCUGGCCUACUGCAUGGCCUGCGGGGCGGGGCACCUCCUGCCCUACUUCUACAUCGUGUACAUGACCAUCCUGCUGGUCCACCGCUGCAUCCGGGACGAACACCGCUGCCAGAGCAAGUACGGAAAGGACUGGAAACGCUACACUGACGCCGUGCCCUACAGGCUGCUGCCUGGCAUCUUCUAGCUCAAACACGGAGGGGCUGGCACAGCUAACGGCGUCCUCUGGCCGAAACGGUGCACUUGUGUGACGCUGCAGGGUUGCAGGACUAACGUUGUGUUUUGUCUUAUCUAGGACGUUUAGUUUCUACUGUGCUGAUAUCUUCUGGGAACAGCGUGUGUGUGUUUAUGCACAAGUGUGUGAGUGUGCGGGUGUCAGUAUGUGUUUCAUUCCUGGUGACUUUUAAUACAGUACUACAGUACUGGUAGGGGGCAAGGGAAAUACAGAAGGGUAAUACUUUUGGUUUGGUUUUGGAUUUACCAUACUAACAUGAUAAUUAACUGAUAAUUGCUACAUUAUAUAAGGAGAAAUGUAUAGUCCCUGAAUUUUAGUCCCAAUUUUUAAAUAGGUUAAUAAUACACUUUCAUUAAAUUCUGCUACCCCUGAUAAGACCACCAUAUAAUUAUAUGCAGCAGAGCUUGCCAUAAGCCUCCUCCUAGAGUUUGAAGUUUGUAGUACUUAUCAAAAGUGUUCAUUAACUUAAAACAUACAAUAAAAAAUAUAGAAAUAUCACUCUAGAGUUACUUAUGACCCAAAAUACUGCUCUCCAAAAUGUUAAGGUUCGGAGCUUGCCGUCAACAAAAAAAAACAUUCUGAGGUAUUCAGUGUAUCACAGAAACACUUGCCCAAAUGGAUGUUUUCACAAAAGUAAGACUUUUGUGGCCAAAGCACAUACUAAUGCUGAUGCUGCAUUUAUGAAAAUAAUUCUAAUAACUGCUGCACAAGCAUCUACAUUCUUCAAAAUUCAUCCAUUAAAAAGCAUAGCGUAUUUACAUGGAUAGUUCACCUGUGAGUAAUGAUGUUCAUUGAUUUCUGAUCCACUGAGUGACCUGCCUACUGCCAUAUUGCAGUGAACCUAGUCACUGCAACAAAUGCAGCACAACAUUUCAUUCAAAACUGUUCACAAGUUGCCUGUAUUUUUAGGUGAUCUAAAGUGCUUUACUAUAAACAAGAUUUCUACUUGUAAUAACUAGUUGUAUGUACGCUAUAUUUCUAUGUACAUGUAAUGCUCAGGCUGAACUACAAGAUUUGUCAAUGGGGACUAAUUAAAGAAACAAGCUGGAGAAGAAAAAACAGGGAUCUUGUAAGAAGGGAAGUUGGAAUUCUGUACAAGGGACAUACAGAACUCCUUAAAAGAGACUCCUGUGAUUUCCUGUGAUUUCAGAAAAUCUGUGAAUGCUGUACCAUACCCAACAGUACCAAUGCAAAUCGAUCCGUGAAGAAACUGACAAUUACAUUUUCUGAUAAGCUAUAAUUGUGCAAUAACUACGAUAAAUUGUCCAGUACUAACUAAUUAAUUUGUAUUUAUAGUUCUGUAAGAACUGGGUGGUAAUAUGGAGUGUUACCUGAUGUGAAAAUCACAAAUCCAGUAAUGUCAGUGGUGUCUUAUAUGGCACCUAUUGAGCGUUAUUAAGGGGACCGCACUAGCUUAAACCAUUGGCAUGGUGUUUAUUUCUUUAUUUUUAAUGAACCUUCACUAUUGGUAGACAGGGAAGAGUGCAUUUUUCUUCCUCCAUCUGAACUAGAGAAGAAAUGCAGUAGAAAAUCAAGAAAUAAUUCCCUCUUGAUGAUAAUGUGUGUUUAUCCCUUUUUGAAAUGCACGCCUGUUUUUUUUUCCUCAGAAUGACCUUCCCUGCAGGUGUUCGUGUUAAGAUUUACUCAGUCCGACACACAUGCCUGUGUGUAUGUCUCUGUUUUUGAAAUAAACCAGAGUUUUUGAUCUACAA